AUGCUACUUAUCUUCCGAUCUAUCCGCAGGCGCUAUCUGCACCCGAAACCCGUUUUAAUCGUACUCGCUACCCUCUUUCUCCUGGAUGUCUUCUCGAUACUGUCCUCGAGACCAGCGUCAAUCAGGAGAACUUCGUUGCCGUCUCAUCUCAGAGACGAGAAGAUAUUCAUCGCCUCCACUUUCCGGAAUUCGGAAUACAUACUUCGUCUCUACUGGAAUCAAAGACUUUUGAACCUCGUCCGACAUCUCGGUCCUCAGAAUGUCUACGUAUCGAUCGUCGAAUCCGGAUCUCAGGAAGAGACGAAGGGUGCCUUGAGAGACUUGGAGCGCGAGUUGAUCGCUCUUGGAGUCGAAAACAGAAUAGAUCUGGGUAUCGAUGUCAAUGAGCAGCUUCAGUUCAUAAGGAACCCUCCCAAAGAAGGUGAGGAUAGGACGGGGUGGAUCCGAACUAACCGGAAGUCCGAGUGGGAGGUUCGCCGGAUUCCGUAUCUGGCGGCCUUGAGGAAUCAGGCCAUGGAGCCCAUGACUGAUCCGAGUCAGAAGAUGAAAUUUGAUAAGAUUCUUUGGAUAAAUGAUGUUUUGUUUUCUACUGAGGAUGUGACAACUCUUCUCUCUACAAGAGAUGGGGAUUACGCGGCAGCUUGUGCAAUCGACUUUGCCAGCAAUCCACACCACUACUACGACACAUUCGCUCUCCGAGACAUCAACGGCGACAAAACCGCUUCUCAGCGCUACCCGUACUUCUUCUCCUCUGUCUCUCGCUCAGCUUUGUACUACAAUCAACCCAUCCCAGUAGCAUCUUGCUGGAAUGGUCUCAUCUCCCUUUCCGCCGCACCGUUCUAUGCAAAUCCACCGCUCAAGUUCCGCGGCAUCGCCGACUCCCUCGGCAACGAACACCUCGAGGGCUCGGAAUGCUGCCUCAUCCACUCCGAUAACCCUCUCCGGAGAAUAAAAGGCGUCUGGGUCAACCCCAAUGUGCGAGUAGCGUACAAGGCCUCUCCGUACUCCGCAGUCAACGGCGGUGUAGAGAUCAAGUCUGAUAUUUGGGAUAUCGUCGAUGGUGUUCCUGGUGGAGACGGGAGUAUUUGGCCGGGUGGGUGGGAGUCGGUGGUAGGGACCUGGGUAAAUAGAUGGGCCAGGACCAUAAAUAGGGUGGCGAUUUGGAGCGAGACUAGGGUGGUGAAGGCGAGGGUCAGUAAUUGGGUGGCGCAAGGGAGGAAGAUGAGUCCGCCGGAGGACAGAAAGGAGAAUGGGCUGGAGUGUUUGAUUAACGAGAUGCAGGUGCUGUUCGAGAAUGGGUGGCAGCACGUAUAG